UCGCACAGGCCGCUAGAGGCGCGGCGGUUGUGUCAUGGUUGACAGGCGAUCAAUGAAUUUGUACUACGGUAGUGAGUAAAUUAGUGUUGUGCCAUGAAUUUAUUUUAAAUGUUUGAUUGCGGUGGCGGCGGAUAAUGGGGAAAGAUCAAGAGCUGCUGGAGGCGGCCCGGAAGGGCAAUGUGGCCGUCGUGGAGAAAAUCCUAGGGCAAAGGGCCAAAAGGAGUGGCCCUCUCGCAAGUUUGCGAAGAGGGCCUGGGGCGAACGUGCAAGACAGCAGCGGGUAUUCUGCAUUGCAUCACGCCGCUCUGAAUGGCCACAGAGAAAUCGUCAGACUCUUGCUCGAACACGAUGCAUCGGCGAACAUCGUUGAUGUCAAGGGGUCGUCGCCGUUGCAUCUAGCAGCUUGGUCUGGAAAUGUCGAUAUCGUUAGGUUACUGCUGAGCGGGCCAUCGAUUUGUAAUGUGAACUUGACGACCAAAGACGACGAAACGGCGCUACAUUGCGCCGCACAAUACGGUCAUACUGCCGUCGUCUCUUUGCUCCUGGAGCACGCCUGCGAUGCGGGAAUCCGGAACUGCAGGGGUGAGACGGCCCUGGAUUUGGCCGCGCAAUACGGAAGACUGGACACCGUGGAGCUUCUGGUGAGGACCGACCCGAGCCUGAUACAGUGUCUGAGGAGGGCAGCGCCAGAUACGGUCUACCCUCACACGCCCUUGCACCUGGCCAGCAGGAAUGGCCACAAGGCCGUAGUGGAGGUUCUGUUGAGGGCUGGCUUCAACGUCAACAUGCGGACCAAGUCGGGGACGGCUCUACACGAAGCCGCUCUUUGCGGCAAGGUCGAGGUGGUGAGGACGCUGCUGGAACACGGCGUCAACACCGCGAUCAGGGAUUCGCACAAUUAUACGGUCAUGGAUUUGCUGAGUCAGUUCAAUACGGCGCAGGCUUCGCAAGAAAUUAUGGGAAUCUUAAAAAGGCAUAAGAGGGGUAUAACGAUAGUGGACAGUGACGGUGAAAGCAUUAGCCACCCGUUUCCAACUCUGCCUAACACCGACUCGGAUAUCGGAAGUCCUUACGAAAAUGUAAGGCCUUCCUCAAAAAAUGCCAGAUCAACGACAACGGAUCCUUCUCCUGGCACUUCUCCGCAGCGGUGGGAUUACCAGCGGCACGCUCGACCUCCAGAAGGAUUCGAAGAUCGCCGAGUAUCCGGAGUUUCGGGCAUAUCCAUGCGUAAUUCCAAGUUAUACCAAAGCUUGCCGACUAAAAAACGCACGAGUAAAGCUUCUCGAUCAUCAUCUGAUAUUUCCCCAUUGGACGGAAUAACGUUUUCGUUUAGCGAACAAUUAUCAUUGCGAAAACACAGUACCACUUCCACUGAUUCCUUUUACACAGCAUGCGAAUGUGUCGGUGAUGAGAGACACUCUAAUUCUUCCAGGGAGUCCGACAAUAGUCUGUAUCAGAUUCCCUGCGUACCGAAAGCAUUUAUGGAUUCGAGCGUGCAUUCGGAGGAUCUCAAUUAUUUGUGCACGAGCAGGGAGUCUGAUCAGAUUAGUCUGUCUUCGACGGCAUCGAGUUCGGGGUAUCCACGGCGGCCGGACAGCGGUGGAGUCCCGUUGUAUAUCCCUAUGAACAACGUUAAAGGGGGACAUAGUCCCAGUUCUAACAGCAAAGUUUCGCCGACGCCUCCUAAGAAACCACCACGACGAAACCUGUCAGUUUCCCCAACGCAUUUACAGCCUAUGUCGAUGUCUGUAGACGGCGUCAGCAACAACGCGUACGAGUACUUAUUCCUUGCCCAUAGUGGUACCAGAAGUCAAGGCAAUUUGAGCGACGUCGAACACGAAAAUCGGAGAGAACGUCUGAUGCAUGGACGAAGCAUUGAUCAAUAUGUUGAAAUGAACGUUUUCAAUAUAGCGUUAGACGAAGACGAGGAGAGGCCGAAAGAGCUUCAUCGAGGGAAGAGCGAAGACUUGGACUGUCGGAAACGGCCUGAGCCGGUGGCUAUCACUUCUAUGUACGAAAACAUGAUCAUAAAGCAGCAAAAUCCGCGAAGAAAAUUGCGGAGAAACCCAGAAGUGUACGAGGAGUACGAUUUUCGGAAAAAGGAAGAACCGAUUGCCAGUUGUUCUGCACCUGAACCCACCUUCGUCAGCAGUGCAUUUAUAAUGGUUUCGGGCGAUGACGAAACUAAAAGUAACUGUAAUUACCCUAUAAGUCCUACCCAUUAUAAACAACCUCCGACUCCCGACCACCCUCCUCCAUCCGCUUUGCAAGCUGAAACUUUAAUUUACGAGAAAAUUCGACCACUUAGUCAGAAGUACAAGAGGCAAUCGAAAGAUAUGGAGACUGAAACCGAAGAAGAAUUUCUUCUGGUAUGCGACGAAUCAAGCGGAAGCUUGUCGAGUAGUGUCUCCCUUUCUGAUAGGAGCGUCGACAAUAUCGUCGAAGAGUAUCAUUCGGACGCUCCUUUCGCAGGUCUCAUAAAGGGCUCAACGCGGGUUUUAGAAAACGUCACUUCUAAUACCCCAGCCGAACGACCUAAGACACUGAAAAAACUCAAACGUGUAUACGACAACACCACUACUGACACACCAAAAAGCGAUAAUGAGAAAUCCUCGAGUUCCGAGAAGGAAUCCGAGAAUAAGGAGAACAAAGAUCGCGUUUCAGCGCUCAGUCCUUUUGACGAGCAAGAGGAGUGGGCAAAAAUACAAGAGAUAAUGGCUUCGUUUGGGACGGGUAUCGUUCGGGAAUCUGUGUUCGUGGCAGAACUAGAAAAAGAGUUCCAGAGCCGACUAAUGACGCUCAGUUGCUCGCAGCAUAGCCUCAACGCAGAUUCCGUGGAAAAAUGGUUGCAGACGUUGGGCAUGGCAGAUUAUGUGGGGCUGUUUAUGUCGAACGGGUUCGACGAUGUCAACUUUUUGAACGGCGUUAUUGAAGAUACUGACUUGAGCGAAAUGGGAAUCACUAGCGAGCUGGAACGCCAAAUAAUUCUUGAUGCUGUCAAGCGACUGCCUCUCAAGAUCCACAAUCAAACCAUUAGUAACAACAACAAUAAUAACGAACAAAAUUCAGUUCAAAGUUGGUUAAAUCGAAUACAUUUGGACCAGUACUACGACACAUUCAACAAACAUCUCUACCACGACAUGGAACGCAUUAAGCGAAUUUGGGACGUUGAACUUUCAGCUGUCUUAGACAUUGACAAGAUCGGUCACCGGAAACGCAUCUUGGCCAGUGUUAGUAGUGGCGAACAUAUCAUUUCCGGCCCCAAACUGGAAGACAUCAAUGUUGAUCUAAACCUUCUGAGGAGUAGUCAAAAUCAGGAGAUGAAGUCACCUUCGGCACACUCUACCGGUACUAUUAAGCACAGACAUAAAAAAUCUAGACCGGCGCCUCCACCACCGGUCAAAAUCAACAGAGAACCGGAAAAAAAGAAACCAGUCGAAAUGUUUGUAGGAGGAGAUAACUCGAUUAAAUCGCAAUGGAGACACCAACCUAUUAUUUUGAUAACGCGAGUUGUUAUGUAUUCUGCAAAUUAUUUGGGUUCCACGAACGUUAUAGAGUUCAAGGGAACUGAGUCUACGAAGAAGUCGAUUCAGAAAGUAGUGAAGAAUAAAGAUCGACCCACUGAAGAGAUAACCCUUUCCAUUUCCUACAAGGGAGUAAAAUUCAUCAACCCAAUAACCAAGAACACCAUUUGUGAACACGAGAUCCGUAACAUCAACUGCGCCUGUCAAGAUUCCGAUAACCAAUGUUACUUCGCGUACAUCACGAAAGAUGGUGACUGCUUCUACUGUCACGUGUUCGAGUCGACGUCUUCGGAACAAGCAACGGAGAUAAUCCUGACCCUAGGUCAGGCUUUCGAGCUGGCGUACCAGAUGGCGGUGCGCGAACAAGUGACCAGCAAGAGCAAAUCCAACCGCGAAAGCCACAAACCAGCGGUCAGUCCGGGGGCGGUGUCCUCGCACAGCCGCGAUUUCAAGGACAUGAAGAUGAACGGACACCCGUUGAAGAUGAAGCCCUUGACGCUGUCGAUCGCUGCGGACCCAGAUCAGCAGAAGACGCCCACCAAGAGUAACUUUGACGAUGCCGAAGAAUAGUCGGGGCCGGUCCUGGACUUGGAAUCACUGCCGGCAGGAUUUUAUUUACGACGCUUACUUAUAAUUAUUUUAGAUUCCAUUUGUGAUAAUGAGAGUUUGGAUGUUGUUUCGGAAUUCGAUGUGUAUUGCAUUUUUGCCAAAUUUAAGCGUUUUUACUAUUUACAUGUUGCUGACAUACGUUUUUCGCGGGAACGUCUGCGCCCGUAAAAUAUUUUAAGUACGUCUGAGUUACGGAGUUGCUCAAUAUACAAUAUUUUAAGCAUUUUUCAAUAGGGAGCAAUAUUUACAGAUAUUAUUUAAUAAACAAUAAUAAUCACUUUUGUAAUCGUUUUUCAUAUUUGAAGAAAUACAUACACCAUAAUAUAUCACACAUUUUUCUAUUUUUUCUUAAAAUAAAUAACAAUCUUCCAUUUUGUAAGUAUAUACAUAAAUAAUAUAUUAGAAGUCUCCUACUUAAAAUGUGUACAUAAUAUAGGAAUAAAUUAGAAGCUUUAAAACUGUAUUUAGCAGGGUUUUAAAUUGUUUUCGCGUGAAAAUUUAUCAAAGAUUUAUCUGAAAAAGUAUACUUAAAACGUGCAUUUUAAAUGCUUAGUUAUUUGGCUCGAAACGUUUACGUUUAGGUGUCUUAAAAAUAGUAUUAACUAAAAAAUAUUGCAUGUGGGAGCCAAAAAUAUAUAUAUUUUAAUGUACAUAAUAUACAAAUUGUGACAAAUUCGAUUAAAUUGCGCUUUAAAUUAUUUAUAUUCUCGUUUGCUUUGUUUUUUUAAUAUGAAGCAAUUGUUUUCACU